AUGGCUAUAGGUGGCAUCGAUAAACAAGAAACGGUCAGAUUGAGAAAACGACAGGCAAGACAAUUUAAACGUUCAAUGAAAGGAGUCAAAAAGUUUUGCUCAACACAAGGUUCUAAUAUUGUUUCAACAGCUUUGGAUGUAGACGAGACGCAUAUCAAUUUUUCCAAAACCAACCUGGCAACAGAAACACUUCUGACAAACCUGUCAUUUACAAAUACACCAACAACAACAUUCGCUAAUCGAAAUUUACUGCAGUUACCAACAUUGGCAAAAGUUUGUGAUAGAUAUCGAUUGUCUACACGAUCUGCUGCUGCUGUUGCUUCUGCCGUUUUAGUUGACGUAGGUCUGGUUUCAAAUGAAGACUCAACUCUAGUAAUAGACAAAAAUAAAGUUCACAGAGCUGUAUCAAAGGCCAGAAAAAAUAUAUUUCAAAAUAUUAGCGAAGUUUCACUAAACAGCAUUUAUUUUGAUGGUCGAAAAGACAAAACGUUGGUGAAUAAAAAAUAG